UGAUGGCUAAAACUAGUAGUAGAUACAGCUAGUUGAGUUGAUUUAGCUAUCCUGCAAGAAGCAGACCCAUUCACUUUAGUGGAGGUGAGACGGGAAGCUUCAAAGAGUUAGCGCUAAAGAGUGUAAUGAAGUAAGCUUCACUGUGAAAUCCAAGGCAAACAUGGAAGUUCUGAUAUUGAAUGUGGGCGAGUCAUUUCUAGACGGUGAGAAGGUACUGGAACUAAAUGUACUAUUUGAGUUAUGCCCGAAUGGCUUUCCACUAGACCAAGAUAAUGCCAGCUGUGUCUGUGACAAGCAAAUCAGUAACUUUCUACAAAGCUGUGAGAUAACGGAUGACAUCAGAAGAAAAUUGAAUUUCAAAGCUAUUGGAGGGCACCAGCAAAUCAACCUAAUUAUCAAGGAGCAAUGAGUUGGUAUGAAAGCUGUCCUAACAGAUACUGUAUUACUGAGGGAAGCUUCACUUUUUCAAAUGAUGAUAUUUGUGAUAAAAAUCGGACUGGUGUUCUGUGUGGAAGCUGCAAAGGAAACACUAGUUUAUUGCUCGGUCGCAAUGUAUGUGGGGACUGUUCAGAUAAUGCAUACUUGGCACUAUUGAUUGUUUUUGCAGUGGCUGGAGUACUAGUGGUUGCCCUGGCCUUCCUAACGCAAAUGACAGUGGCUUCAGGAACUAUAAAUGGACUCAUCUUUUACGCCAACAUUUUGAACAGCAAUCAGACUUUAUUUCUCCCAGAAGGAUUCUUUCGUGGCUAUAUCAUAUUCAUAUCAUGGCUGAACCUCGAUUUCGGAAUUGAAACAUGUUUCUACGACGGCAUGAAUCAGAUUGCAUACAGUGGACUACAGUUCGUAUUCCCAGUCUACAUCUGGAUACUAGCAGGCCUGAUUGUUGUUCUAUGCCGAUACUCUGUAUGGGUAUCAAAGUUUUUCAGUACCAGUGACCCUGUAGCUGUUCUUGCUACCAUAAUCUUGCUGUCUUUCAACUCACUAGCCCAAAAUGUCAUCAAUAUUUUCUACAAUUCAUCGAUCAAUAACCCAGGGAGCAAUAGAACAAGAGUGUGGAGAUAUGAUGGAAGUGUUGAUUAUGCCUCAGUGGAUCAUUUGACUCUUAUCAUAGUCGCAUCAGUGUUUCUCCUUGGCACCAUACACCUUUGCACUUUUUCAGCUCAAAUUUUGCAGAAAAGCAGUUUUAUAUCGAACAUUCUUCAACGAUUGAGACUUCAGCCUUUCAUACACGCAUACUUGAUCCCUUUCAAACCCAACCAUCGCUACUGGGCAGGACUCAGUCUAUUGAUGAGAGUCAUGCUCCUAAUUAUAUUUGCAUUAGGAGAAAAUCAGCACAUAAACCUUCUUGCUAUCAUUACCACUUGUAUUGUUGCAAUAACUAUGUUCAAGGUGACUGGAGGAAUAUAUGACAAGAGUUGUAUUGACACACUGAAGAUGUCCUUCUUGGUGAACCUAUAGGUGUGCUUGCAGCAGCUACCUCAUAUUCUCUGAAUUCUUCAAUCAACGGUCAUAGAGAAAUCGCCACAUACAUAUCGAUUACGAUAGCACUACUAACUUUUAUUGGGAUUAUAAUUGUGCACAUUUACUGGCGACUCAAGAAGCUGCCAGUGUUGAAGGUAAAGCUGGAAGAUUUUGCCAAUAAAAUGCGAGGAAUUAAAUUUGCCAAGACACAAAACAAAAUUAUAAGCAAGCUGGAGGAAUUGGAGGAUAAAGAAGUCACUCAAAGCGUGGUUAUCAUGACACCUGCAUAUCAAGUUGAUCUUAGGGAGCCAUUACUGGAAAGCCAAAUACAUUGAGACUCGUCCCUAUAAGUUAACUAUAAGCUGCCUAUUAGAUCUAUGCCAUGUACCAACAUGCAUCUUGUUUUAUGUAAUUUGGAAUGGUUGCUAGGAAAUCUUAAGGGAGUAUUUCUAUCUAAUGGCAUUCAUUUUUCCAACUAAAAUGAAUGAACUUAGCAGCCAGUGACAUUCUUCUCACCAACAUAAAGUAGCUAUAAAUAUCAAUAGAUUGACUAAUUAUGUCACAUGAUAGUUAUAGAGCUAGUAGAUACAGACUAGUAGAUAUAGAUAUCUAUACAGUUAGUCUAGUUGAGAGUAGAGUUGAUCUAGCUAUAAUUCAGCCUGCAGAAGCAGACCCACCCACAUUUGGAGAAGCCACACACCUAUAGGCCUAUACUCACUAUAGUAUAGAGGUGAGAUCAUGGCUUCAACAGGAUUGAAAGUACUUUUUCUCCUAACAAUUCUGAUUAUUUGCAAUGCCCAAGAGCAACUGAUUCACGUCAAACCCGACAGCUGCCAACAAGAGUGCUCCUGUUCCUACCAGUUCCCUGACUGUCAGACUUUGUCUGAGUACGCACUCAAUACAAGUAGUGACCUCCCUUCCAAGUUUAUACUAACUCCUGGUCUAUAUUAUCUCGAUUCAAACUUUUUAUUAAAUGGGACCAUCACUGAGAGCUUCUCUCUAAACGGAACUGAAAAUACCACCAUCUACUGCCGACAAAAAGCCACUUUAUCGUUCAAUGGUUUGACAAGCGUAACUAUUCAGAAUGUGGCCUUUGUUUCGUGCGGUGAAAGUGAUUUGCCUGGUAUCAGCUUGAUCAACAUCAAUACAGUGAAGAUGAUGGACAUCAGUGUAGCUAACACCACCUCUGAUGCUCUCUACAUUAAAGACGGCUCAAAUGUUGAGCUCACUAACCUUGUGAUUACCAAUAACAAAAACGCACUUGCUACGAUUGUCAACAUACAAAACUCAGGAAAUAUCACAUUAAAUAACCUCAGCAUCUUCAACAACAGUAUUGGAGAAUAUGAUUCUGAGUGUGUCUACAGCAGCUUCCCUAAUGCAGAAGAGGUGGUGUUUCGAAUUGAUGGUGGUUUCCUAACAGCUGAGAGUGUUUAUGUGACUGAUAAUGUCGGACCGUUUGGUGUAAUGGCCUUGAGUAACGUUGAGGCAGUUGUGAAUGGAGAUUGGUCAUUUGAACGAAACCUUGUCUGUCUAGGUGGUUCUUUUGCCCUUGAUAGAACAGAAUUGCAAUGUAGGGGCAAUCUGUAUUUUAUUGAGAAUAAAGGAAUCAACGAAAUCAAUAAAUCUACCGCUGGACUUCUCUUGUACAACAGUGCCACACUUAACUUGACAGGAAACAUUGAGUCAAGUGGAAAUGAAGGAUAUAUUAUGUCAGUUCAAUCAAUUUCCUCACACAUAUUCAUGAUAGGAGGAAUGCUUAAUUUAACGAGCAAUCCGGGUGGUCAUCAAGGCAUCUCAUUAACGAAGGACUCGAUAUUUACAAUUAACGAUGGAGCCCUAGUAGUUCAUAACAACACGUUUCGUUUGCGAAUAAUUUUAGUUGAUAAUUCGGAACUUUCGGUCAGUGGGAUUGUAUCAGUUGUUAAUAAUCCAUCGCAAAUUGUUGUGUAUGAUGGAAAACUAACUCUACGUGGCGACAUCCAAUUUCAAGGGAACGCUGGAGUUUUGUAUGCUUCACGGUCAACGAUUGAUAUAAGCGGUAAUUCCACUUUCACAAGUAACAACAUAGAAGAUGAUUUUAAAGAUGGUACUCUUGCUCUAAUACAAAGCAUUCUAUUCUUGGGAGGUACGUACAACUUUCAUGAUAAUAUCUAUGACGACGAAAAUGGAGGAGGGAUAUAUGCAAGUGUUCUCUCUACUGUUAGAUUUAGCGGCACUGGAUGUUUCAAUCAUAACUCAGCAAGAUAUGGGGGUGCCUUAUUCCUGGAUCAAUCAUCUCGGAUUGAAUUUGAGAAAGAAACUAGUCUGCAUUUCAUUAACAAUACUGCAGUGAAAGGAGGUGCUAUUUUUAUCGGAACUUCUCUUGAGCAUACGAAUUGUUCUGACAACCGUGAAGAAUGUUUAAUUAGUCUCCAAGACGAGAACAAUCCUCAGGUGUCCCUUAUAUUCCAACGUAACAAAGCGUACCCUGGGGGCAGCGUUAUACACGUGAACUUUGACCACAUAGAAACUCUUAAAGUUGAGUAUCCUGCUUUAAUUGACUUGAAUCGAACAAUAACUUCACUCACCAAUAAUUCAGUGCCCAUGUUUACAUCCGAUAGCUACUGGUUUUGCUUUUGUGAAGAUGAUCGAGAAAAGUGCUCCGACCGAUCUCAAAAUAUAACAGCAUUCAAAGGAAAGCGCUUCUCUGUAGAAGUUAGAGCCAUCAAAUUCUACGGGAGCAAUAUGUCAGAACCGGUACGAAGUACUUUCGAGUCUUCCCGAAAGCAAGUAGAUAUUGGGGAUCUAUCAAUUACUGCCUCUCUUAUCGGGAACAAUGGUAGGCUACUAAGUGUUAGCGCAACGGAGUGCACCAGCAUUAACUUUACGGUUAAAUCUUCGGCAGACAAUGAAGUUAUUAUAAUGAAUGUUGGCGAUUCAUUUUUUGAUAUGGAGAAGUCGUUGAAAGUGAAUGUUAAUCUAAACCCCUUUUGUCCUGAUGGAUUUCCAUUCAAUGAGAAGCGGGAUUCUUGCGUCUGUGAUGAAAGCAUCAAGAACUUUCUACUCAGCUGUGACGUGAAUGAGCAUAACUUUCAGAAGAGAAUAGAGUAUCCAGCAUUUUGGAUGGGGCCUGCAAAUGACUCCAUCUAUCAAGGUGCCGUAAAUUGGUAUGACAAUUGUCCUCAUCGUUUCUGUAUCAGAAAUGGCACAUUCACUUUUUCGGAUGAUGGUAUUUGUGACAACAAUAGGUCUGGUGUUCUGUGUGGAAGCUGCAACAUGAACACUAGUUUAUUGCUCGGUGGAGAAAUAUGUAAGAACUGUUCAGAUAAUGCUUACUUGGCGCUAUUGGUUGUUUUUGUAGUGGCUGGAAUAUUAGUAGUUGCCCUGGUCUUCCUAACACAAAUGACAGUGUCUUCAGGAACUAUAAAUGGACUCAUCUUCUACGUCAACAUUUUAAACAGCAAUCAAGCUGUGUUUCUCCCAGUGGGAUUUUUCCGUGGCUAUAUCAUUUUUAUAUCAUGGCUGAACCUCGAUUUUGGAAUCGAAACAUGCUUCUACGACGGCAUGAAUCAGAUUGCAUACAGUGGACUACAGUUUGUAUUCCCAGUCUACAUAUGGAUACUAGCAGGCCUGAUUGUUGUUCUAUGCCGAUACUCUGUACAGGUAUCAAAGUUUUUCAGUACCAGCGACCCUGUAGCUGUUCUUGCUACUAUAAUCUUGUUGUCUUUCAACUCACUAGCUCAGAACAUCAUCAGUAUCUUCUACUAUUCGACUCUUCACAACCCUGGGAACAUCAGAACAAGAGUGUGGAGAUACGAUGGAAAUGUUGAUUAUGCCUCUGGGCAUCAUUUGACUCUUAUCAUAGUCGCAUCAGUGUUUCUCCUAUUGUUACUGACACCCUACACGCUUGUACUGUUCUCUGCACAAGUUUUACAGAAAAGCGAUUUCAUCUCCAAAAUUCUUCGACGAUUGAGACUUCAGCCUUUCAUACACGCAUAUCUGAUCCCUUUCAAACCCAACCAUCGCUACUGGGCAGGGCUGUGUCUUCUAAUGAGAGCUGUGCUACUAACUAUAUUUGCAUUGGGAGAAAAUAUACAACUAAACCUUCUUGUUAUCAUUACAGCCUGUAUUGUUGCUAUAUCUAUGUUCAAGGUGACUGGAGGAAUAUAUGACAAGAGUUGGAUUGACACACUGGAGAUGUCCUUCUUGGUGAACCUAGGUGUGCUUGCAGCAGCUACCUCAUAUUCUCUGCAUUCUUCAAUCAACGGUCAUAGAGAAAUAGCCACAUACAUAUCGAUUUCGAUAGCACUACUAACAUUUGUCGGUAUUAUAAUUCUGCACAUUUACUGGCGACUCAAGAAGCUACCAAUGGUGAAGGAAAGAAUUAAAGCUUUUGCCCAAAAAAUAGGAGAAAUUAAAUUACCCAAGAGCCAAAAACUAAUUAUAAAUGAGCCAGCUGAAUUGGAGGCUAACAAAGUCACACAGAGCGUGGCUGAGCUGACACCCGCAACUUAUCAAGUUGAUCUGAGGGAGCCAUUGCUGGAAAGCCAAAUACAUUGAUAAUUAUUAUGUUGCAUGUCCACUUUUUGUGUCUAACUAUAAUUAUAACUGGCAUGCAUGCAUGUCCCGGCCAUUCGUAUUUUAUAUAAUUAUAGAUACGUAUACCUUUGUUUUUUUAUAAUGCUGUUUUUUAGUUAUAAGGAUAUAAGAAAAAUUACCGUCUGAGCGGGCAAUAAUAAUUUUGAAUGUUCCAGA